AUGCAGGAUAUGCAGUCGUUUGCACCGCCGCCCGACGUUGACAUCUCGUUUCAACAACCAGAGGCCCCGAGUACCAAGAUAGGGAUGACUGACUCGGAGCAAGAAGAGCUUGUAGAGCAGCUCAUAGACGAGUUCAAGGACGACAAGCAGACAGACAAAGACAAGUUCUACGCUCAAACUCCCACGGACAACAAUCCUCCUGAUCCAGUAAAAGAAGCCACAGCUGAACAGCUCGCUACCCGAAAGAUUGCGAAACCGAAGUCGCGAGCACACAAGAACACUCCCGCGGUCCAAUUAACCCUUGAGUCAGUGCCGCAAAGGGAACCUCAUGCACAGCCAGAAACAUUACAACAAACGCGCUCCCCGGUCAAUGAAGACAGCGGAAAUGAUACAGCGAAGGCGGACUUGGCGGCUCGCUGCCUAUUAGCCCUCGCAGGUGCUGGGGGUAUUGCUGCUGGGAAUGGUGCUUCAAACCAGGCAGUUUCUCCUUCAGGCAAAGAGUCUGUUCAUAAGAAUACUGAAGCUCAACAGACUGAUGCGGAUAUAACAAACAGUCAGAAAGCUAACACUCCUGAGACUAACGCGCAGGAGUCAUCCAUCAGUGAUCAUGAGGUCGAAAGACCAACGGCAACGACCCUACCAGAGGAACAGCCUAAACCAAACUCACAACAACCUCAAAGUGUCCCUUCAUCUAUCUUGCCAGCUGAAAGCCAGCCCUCACCUGUUCAGUCAGCGCCCACUCAAAUACCGCCAGACCAACAAUCACCAGCAGCCGCAAGCACAGCCGCAGCUCAGCAAUAUACUACUACCGCCAAAACACCACCCACCGUAGCGGGCUCCAGCAAUACGCAACAACAGUCGAAUAUUGCUCCCAUGAUUGUAGGUGGACUGGCACUUCCAGGGGGCAACCCAACGCUUUAUAACCCAACAGCAACAGCCAGCCCAGCACCUAAGAAAUCUGGCCCUAGCCCCAAGGAGAUUGCAGAGUUCAACAGGAAAGAACAGGCACGACUGAAGCAGCGAAGAAAGAAUAAGCCACCACCCAGUGCCCUGCGGCCGCCGAGACGGCCUGGUCCAGCUCCAUCGACACCUCACAGACCGCAGAAGAGUCCAAACUCUGCCACUCAAGGGCGGUCGCCACCACUAACGGCUACCGAUGAGUUCGAUGAGAAUAAGAAGCUUGAGAUGGAGGUGACGUUUGGUACCCAAGGUUCUCAUAAAAAGAAACAAGGCCUCCAACUUAUCGACAUCAAGGACGUCCCGGAUCAUCUCAGAGCUCAGAUACAGGAACAUGAUGCGGAAGAAGCCUAG